AUGUUAUUUAAGCACAGGUAUUUCUUUGUUUUGGAUGUGUUCCACUACUACAAGUUGCUCGACAGUGUCGUGUCGACACUGAUGAUACCCAAUAUAGGUCAAAACACCUGUCUGACGGUAUUUGAAGUUGAUGGAACGCACUCAAAACAAAAAACUUUGGCGAGGUACCAUGAUAAAAUUUAUGUUCCCGAAUAUAGUAAUAUAAAGUAUUGCUUUUUUGAUUCAUCAUCACAUUGUGAGAAAUUGAAAUCACGCUGGUUUGGCAUACGGGACCAUUACUGUUUUCAAUCCAACAUAACCGCAGAAAAUAUGUCAUCCUCAUUUAUUGACUAUGUAAAUCGACGUACAUCGUUAAUUGAUUAUCAAGUGAAACUUCUUUUAACAAAUCUAAAUAUAUCCAAUAUACUACCAGGAUCCUUUGAUAGUUUUAAAAAUAUGUUUGAAUUAUAUUUUGAUAUAAACAAUAUCCAAAUUAUAAGGAAGGGUGUAUUUAACUGUUUGGGUCAUCUUAAAAUUUUAAGUUUCAAGUUUAAUAAAGUAGAAAUUAUUGAAGAAGGUGCAUUUUCCGGUUUAGAACAGCUAACACAUUUAAAUUUAAAAAAAAAUUUGAUUUAUCAUCUGAAUGAAAACAUAUUUUAUCCCUUAAAAAAUUUGUACACACUGGGCAUUUCCAAUAAUUUUAUAAAUAGUGCUAACCUAUCCUAUUUUAGAUUUACUAGUAUUAAAGAAUUUCAUCUUGAUCAUAAUAAAAUUAAUUCACUGCAAAAUUUUAUAUUUAAUGAGGUGUCAGUUAAUAUUUUAGAUUUAAGUUAUAAUAAUGUAUCCGUUAUUGAACCAGAAGCUUUUUUUAAGCAAAGUAACUUAUAUGAUCUUAAUUUAAAUAAUAAUAAAUUAGAUAAACUUUCCAGUAGUUUACAUUACUUAGUUAGUUUAAAAAAAUUGGAUUUAUCUUACAAUAAUUUGCAAACAAUUUCUAUGGGCUUCUUUGACCAUUUUAAUGAUUUAGAAAGUUUAAACUUGACUCACAAUAAUAUUAUUUCUGUUCGAGAAUUAAAUGUACUAAAUGUAAUAUACUUAGGACUUGCCUACAACAAAUUAAAAGAUUUUGAUGACAAAUCAUUAAAAUAUUUUCCUAAAUUAAAGAAAAUAUCAUUAGAUAGAAAUAUUUGGGAGUGUAAAACCCUAUUAAAAGAAGCCAUAUUUUCACGGUCAAUUGUAAUUGAAAAAGGUUAUGAAAGUAAUUUAGAAUGCUCGGAAUCUAACGAUACAUAUAAAUCAACAAUUGAUGUCAAAAAUACUUCAUUUAAUAAAGGCAACAUAUUGGAGCAAAACACUCCAAUUAUGUAUCUAUUCUACGUAAUAGUGGUUCUACAAUUUACUGGAUACGAACCAUUUUGUGUUGAAGACCGUGAUAAAAUUUAUGUUCCCGAAUAUAGUAAUAUAGAGAAUUGCUUUCAAGAUUCAUCGUCAAAUUGUAACAAAUUUAAAUCACUCUGGUUUGGCCAAAACGUAAGGGGCUGUUACCAAACCAACAUAACCGAGGAAAUUUUGUCAUCGUCAUUUAUUAAAGAUGUACAUAGUAACACCUAUAUAUUAGAUUAUGAUAGUGCAAAACUUCUUCUAACAAAAUUAAAUAUAUCCUAUAUACUACCAAGAUCUUUUGAAAACUAUAAAAAUAGAUUAACUGAGUUAUAUUUCGAUAUAAAUAAUAUUCAAAUUAUAAAGAAGGGUGUAUUUAACUCUUUGGGUCAUCUUAAAAUUUUAAGUUUCAAGUUUAAUAAAGUAGAAACUAUUGAAGAAGAUGCAUUUUCCGGUUUAGAACAGCUAACACAUUUAAAUUUAAAAAAUAAUUUGAUUUAUCAUCUGAAUGAAAACAUAUUUUAUCCCUUAAAAAAAUUGUACAUACUGAGCAUUUCUAAUAAUUUUAUAAAUAGUGCUAACCAAUCUUAUUUUAGAUUUACUAGUAUUAAAGAAUUUUAUGUUGAUCAUAAUAAAAUUAACCAAUUGCAGAAUUUAAUGUUUAAUAAUGUUUCAGUUAAUAUUUUAGAUAUAAGUUAUAAUAAUGUAUCCGUUAUUGAACCCGAAGCUUUUCUUAACCAAAGUAACUUAUAUGAUCUUAGUUUAAAUAAUAAUAAAUUAGAUAAACUUUCCAGUAGUUUACAUUACUUAGUUAGUUUAAAAAAAUUGGAUUUAUCUUACAAUAAUUUGCAAAUCAUUUCAACGGGCUUCUUUGACCAUUUUAAUAAUUUAGAAAGUUUAAACUUGACUCACAAUAAUAUUAUUUCUGUUCGAGAAUUAAAUGUACUAAAUGUAAUAUACUUAGGACUUGCCUACAACAAAUUAAAAGAUUUUGAUUACAAAGCAUUAAAAUAUUUUCCUAAAUUAAGGACAAUAUCAUUAGAUGGAAACAAGUGGGAGUGUAAAAUUCUAUUAAAGAUAGUCCUAGAUUUAACUUCCCAGUCGAUUGUGGUUGAAAAAGGACAUCAACGUAAUUUAAGUAAUAUACUUGGUAUAGAAUGUUCUAAAUCUAGCGAUACAACCACCAACCAACCUAAAACAACAAUUGAUACAGCUGAUUCGACCUAUAUUGGGGGUCUUAUCAGUGUCGGGCAAUUUGGUGUAGUGGAAGUUCCACUGUGGAACACACCAAAAACAAACGGCUACCUGAGCUUAUAUAAUCCUAUCGUAGGCCAACUGAGGCGAGAUAUGUAUUUAUUCUACGUAAUAGUGGUUCUUCAAUUUACUGGAUAUGAACCAUUUUGUGUUGAAGACCGUGACAACAUUUAUGUUCCCGAAUACAGUAAUAUAUUGGAUUACUUUUCAGAUUCUUCUUCAUAUUGUGAGAAAUUUAUAUCAAGUUGGCUUGGCAUACAGUACGGUGAUUGUUAUCAAAGCAAUAUAAUCGCAGAAAAUAUAUCAUCCUCAUUUAUUGAUGAAGUACAUAGUCGUACAUUUUUAUUACAUAAUUAUAAUGUAAAACUUCUUUUAAUAAAACUAAAUAUAUUUAAUAUACUACCAGGAUCCUUUGAUAAUUUUAAAAGAUAUUUAACUGAAUUAUAUUUUGAUAAAAAUAAUAUCCAAAUUAUAAGGAAGGGUGUAUUUAACUCUUUGAGUUAUCUUACAAUUUUAAGUUUCAAGUUUAAUAAAGUAGAAAUUAUUGAAGAAGAUGCAUUUUCCGGUUUAGAACAGCUAACACAUUUAAAUUUAAAAAAUAAUUUGAUUUAUCAAUUAAAUCAAAACAUAUUUCAUCCCAUAAAAAAAUUGCACAUACUGGGCAUUUCUAAUAAUUUUAUAAAUACUGCUAACCAAUCUUAUUUCAGAUUUACUAGUAUUAAAGAAUUUUAUGUUAAUCAUAAUAAAAUUAACCAACUGCAGAAUUUUAUGUUUAAUAAUGUUUCAGUUAAUAUUUUAGAUAUAAGUUAUAAUAAUGUAUCCGUUAUUGAACCCGAAGCUUUUUUUAACCAAAUUAACUUAUAUGAUCUUAGUUUAAAUAAUAAUAAAUUAGAUAAACUUUCCAGUAGUUUACAUUACUUAGUUAGUUUAAAAAAAUUGGAUUUAUCUUACAAUAAUUUGCAAAUCAUUUCUACCGGCUUCUUUGACCAUUUUAAUGGUUUAGAAAGUUUAAACUUGACUCACAAUAAUAUUAUUUCUGUUCGAGAAUUAAAUGUACUAAAUGUAAUAUACUUAGGACUUGCCUACAACAAAUUAAAAGAUUUUGAUGACAAAUCAUUAAAAUAUUUUCCUAAAUUAAGGACCAUAUCAUUAGAUGGAAACAAGUGGGAGUGUAAAAUUCUAUUAAAGAUAGUCCUAGAUUUAACUUCCCAGUCAAUUGUGGUUGAAAAAGGACAUCAACGUAAUUUAAGUAAUAUACUUGGUAUAGAAUGUUCUAAAUCUAGCGAUACAACCACCAACCAACCCAAAACAACAAUUGAUGUCGGACACACUUCAUUUAAUAAAGACACCUUGAAUAAAGACACCCUAUUGGAUCAAAACACUCCAAUUGUAAUCAUUCUUAUUAUUAUUACUGUUAUUUUGGUAUUAGGUUUUGGCACAUUGGUAUACAAUAAUAUUAUUAUUGCCAAAUUACUUAAUAAAAAACCAUUGCAAGAACAAAUACCACUCAUGUAA